CAGGAUUACUCAGAUGCCUACUGGUUUUAACAAAAAAUCAGAUAGGAAGGAGAUCUUAUCAAAGCAGUAUAAGAAUGUGUGUUAUAUCACUCUUAAGGAAAACUGUAUAAAUGAUUUUAAGAAAAUUCCCCCUCUUAGUGAAGAUCAGAAUAGGAAUCUGAAGAUUGUCGAAAUUAUUUUCCCAUCAAAUAAUGAAAAUAGUGCUCCAGAAUCAGGCCUCAUUGAAGUAAUAGAAUCAGUCAACUCCAAAAUGCCCUACCUACCCCACCUCCUCUUCUCCUGCUCCACUAUCACCUUGGUUCCUAUCCAGACCCUCAUUCUUCUCAAACAGUUCAAAGCCAGUGUCUCUACUUGUCUGCUUAACAGAGAAGGUUCUUCCCAAGGUAAGGUUUCAGGUGUUAAGAAUCAUUUUUGGGUGAAGAAAGCGGUUUUGGUGACAGUGCAGGAUGAUGAGGUGAAGACUGUGUCUUUUAGAGAUUGUGGGUUUAAUGUGGGACGUGCGACUCAGGUGAAAAUGGUAGGAGGCGGCUUUGUCUAUGUGAGUAUUGCAGAUCAGGUUUAUGGUGAAGUGAUUAAGGAAGAGGAGGAGCCUAUUGGGAUUGAUGUAAAGAAGGUUUUUCAGGAGAAUAAACAGAUUCAGAAGUUUUCUCCAUAUCCUUUAGACUCUAUUACCUCUUAUGGCAUUCUUUUCAAAGUUGAAGACCUUGUAAAGAUGCGUAUCCCUGAUCCUGUAAUUUUGAAAAAUAUUCAUGAUGACGAACUUAUUAAAAAUAUUUGAUCUGCAGACUGUAAUAAUCUUUUAAAGGAGCAGCAGCCAUGGACAAUUUUAUCUCCUCCAACAGAAACAAACACCCAAAUUAUCCCAAAAGAUUGUUCAGUGGAGAUAGAUAUUGGCUCAAGUUUGUUGGUAAAGAGCUUGGAUGGGUUCUUUAACUUGCUAGCAAGUGAAUACUCGCACCUCAGAAUUGACUCAUUGAACUGCUUUUAUUAUUUAGAUAAGGAAAGAAUUCAGUCUUUAGACAACUUACUUAAGGCUCAUGAGGGUUCUAGUACAGUAAAUCAGAACGAAAGAUAUAUCAAUAAGGUCAAUCUCAAAGUUGCCUUUGAAGAAGAUCUUGAUGAGCUUCUAGAAGUUCUUGGUAAAUAUCCUAUCCUCGAUAUUAAUAUUACAUAUGACGGUGAGGUUACAGAUGAUAUUUUGAAGAAAUGUAAGCAAUUUAUGGUGAAAUUCUUCAACAGAAAUGUUGUAUUAUAUGCAGAUGAAAAAGAUCUCCUUACGCCAUUAAAACACUUCAAACCAAUCACUACUGAGGAAUACGAGUUUGAUUUUGAAGAGGAUGAAGAAUAAAC